UCACGGAGCGCGCCUGGCGGUCCAUUCCGCAUUGGUUCUUCAGUCUGGGUCUCCACCGAGCUUGCGGCCGCGGCAGGUGCGGGCAGGGCGCGGUCCCGGGGCUGCGCGCGGCAUAGGUACGAGCAGCCCACCAUGGGAUGGGGAGGGGGUGAGAGCUGCACCCCGCGUCCACCCAUUCGCCAGCAGCCAGCACAGGAGCGCCGCGUGGUCACCGUGGUCUUCCUUGGCCUUCUGCUGGACCUCCUGGGCUUCACUCUGCUGCUGCCCCUGCUGCCAGGACUGUUGGAGAGCCACAGCCGCGCCCACGACCCUCUCUAUGGCUCAUGGCAGCGAGGUGUGGAUUGGUUUGCCACAGCGAUCGGCAUGCCAGCAGAGAAGAGGUACAACAGCGUCCUGUUUGGAGGUCUGAUUGGCUCAGCCUUCUCCCUCCUGCAGUUCCUCUCAGCACCCCUCACUGGGGCCGUGUCUGACUGCCUGGGAAGACGCCCAGUGAUGCUCUUGUCCCUGGUGGGUCUGGCCACCUCCUAUGUUGUGUGGGCCACCUCUCGGAGCUUUGCAGCCUUCCUAGCUUCCAGGGUGAUUGGGGGCAUCAGCAAGGGGAAUGUUAGCCUCUCCACGGCCAUCAUCGCUGAUCUGGGCUCACCCCCUGCGCGUACCAGAGGCAUGGCAGUCAUUGGUGUGGCCUUCUCACUGGCCUUCACGCUGGGCCCUAUGCUUGGGGCCUCCCUGCCCAUGGAGACAGCACCCUGGCUCGCCCUGCUCUUCGCAGUCUGUGAUCUGCUGUUCAUCUUCUGCUUCCUGCCAGAGACGCUGCCCCUAGAGAAGAGGGCACCCUCUGUCACCCUCGGGCUCCAUGCUACCACCAACUUGCUCAGCCCUUUGGCCUUACUGCGCUUUGCAGCUGUGGCUCGAGGCCAGGACCCACCAGAGGGAGACAGGCUCAGCACCCUGCGCCGCCUGGGCCUUGUCUACUUCCUCUACCUCUUCCUGUUCUCGGGCCUGGAGUACACACUGAGCUUCCUCGUGCACCAGCGCUUCCAGUUCAGCACCCUUCAGCAGGGGAAGAUGUUUUUCUUCAUCGGCCUCACCAUGGCCACUGUCCAGGGCACCUAUGCCCGGCGGAUCAGCCCUGGCAGGGAAAUUGCAGCUGCGAAGCGGGCCAUGCUGCUGCUGGUGCCCGCUUUCCUCCUCAUCGGAUGGACGUACACACUGCCCCUGCUGGGCCUAGGGCUGCUGCUCUACUCCUUCGCUGCUGCCAUCGUGGUGCCCUGCCUGUCUACUGUGGUUGCUGGUUAUGGCUCACCAGGGCAGAAGGGCACCGUCAUGGGUACUCUGCGGAGUCUGGGUGCUCUAGCCAGGGCAAUGGGGCCCAUGGUGGCCGCCUCAGGGUACUGGCUGGCAGGAGCCCAGGUCUGCUUCACUGUGUGCUCGGGGCUCUUCCUGCUCCCCUUCUUCCUCCUGUGCAAGCGGAGGCAUCCAGCACAGGAGCUCAAGGCUGAGUAGCUGAGAAGCAGCAGCACGUCUCACCGGACCAACCUACCCUUUUCCUUCCUGCUCAGGGAGGAACCUGGAGCCAGGGCCUUUCCCUCUCCCUCCUCUAGGGCUGUGGCUUGAAAGCCUGAGUAGCUACCCUGGGCCCCGCCCUUUGUCACCUUCUAACUCCUCCAGGCUGGGAUUAUUUUACUCCAAAAAGGAUUGGUGACUCCAAGGCUAUGAGCCAGGCUUCUGAGUGACAAAUAAAGCAGCUAUUUUAUACCAAG